GUCGCCUGUCUGCCAGCAGACCCCCAGCGUGCCAUCACACCUUCACCAUGUGGACCUUCCUGGGGGUCGCCACCUUCACCUACGUGUAUAAGAAGUGUGAUGAGUUGCUGAGCGCCCCCCGGAUAGAGCUGAUCGCGGCCGGCCUGUUUUGCUGCACCCUGGGUCUGGUCCUGUCCUUGCUCCGGUACCGGGGUCACCUGGGCUCCCAGAAAAAAGGAGACAGUAAGGGUGUCAUGUCCCGGCUCCUGAACAAGAAUGGACCUAAACACCAAGGGGGACGGGGGCCACUGAGGGCCAGAAAGUCUAAAGGGGACAACCAUCAGCUUGGGUCUGCAACCGAAACCGAUGGAGCCACCGGAGCUGUGUGGCCUUGCAGUGACCCCGAAGUUAUUAUCGUGGGGUCGGGGGUUCUCGGCUCCGCUCUAGCAGCAGUGUUAUCGAGGGAUGGAAGGAAAGUUGCGGUGAUCGAAAGGGACCUGAAGGAACCAGAUCGCAUAGUGGGAGAGCUACUUCAGCCAGGUGGAUACCAAGCUUUGAGAGACCUUGGGCUUGGUGAUGCCGUGGAAGGUCUGGAUGCUCAUGUGGUGCAUGGGUACGUUGUCCAUGACAUUGAAAGCAAAGCAGAGGUGGAGAUCCCAUACCCUUCCAACGAAGACAACCAGCCCCAGUGCGGAAGAGCCUUUCAUCACGGCCGCUUUAUUAUGGGUCUCCGGAAGAUAGCCAUGGCAGAGAGCAACACAAGGUACAUCGAGGGGACAGUGACACAGCUAAUUGAAGAAGAAAACACUGUACAAGGUGUACAAUACAGAGACAAAGAAACGGGAGAUGUUAAGGAGAUCCGGGCACCUCUGACAGUUGUCGCUGAUGGGCUUUUCUCGAAGUUUAGGAAAGACCUAAUUUCCGGCCACGUCACGGUGUCCUCUCAUUUCGUGGGAUGCAUUUUAAAGAACUCGCCACAGUUCAAGGCCAAUCACGCCGAGCUGGUUCUGGCCAAUCCCAGCCCCGUACUCAUAUACCAGAUUUCCUCCACCGAGACCCGAGUCCUUGUAGACAUCCGAGGGGAAAUGCCCAAGAACCUCAAAGAGUACAUGCUGGAAAAGAUUUGUCCACAACUUCCAGACCAUUUAAAAGAUCCAUUCAUCUUUGCCGUCGAAAACGACCGACUAAGGACAAUGCCAGCCAGCUUCCUCCCACCCUCACCAGUAAACAAAAAAGGAGUUUUACUUUUGGGAGACGCUUACAACAUGAGACACCCUCUAACGGGAGGAGGCAUGAGUGUGGUGCUGAAUGAUGUGAAGAUAUGGAGAGAUCUUCUUCAGGACAUACCGGACCUGUAUGAGCACUCGGAGGUUCUCGAGGCCAAGAAUAAAUUUUACUGGUCCAGAAAGAAGUCCCACUCCUUUGUGGUCAACGUCCUGGCUCAGGCUCUGUACGAACUGUUUGCCGCUACCGAUGAUUCCUUAUACCAGCUGAGAAGAGCCUGCUUUAACUAUUUCAAGCUCGGAGGAGAAUGCGUUGCUGGUCCCAUAGGCUUAUUAUCUGUGUUGUCUCCUAGACCCAUGAAACUUAUCGGCCACUUCUUCGCCGUCGCGUUCUACGCCGUCUAUUUCUGCUUCAAGAUGGAGCCGUGGUUGACGAAGCCGCGCGCUGUGGUCAGAAGCACCGCUGUCCUGUUCCGGGCCUGUUCCGUCAUAUUUCCUCUCAUAUACUCGGAGAUGAAAUAUUUAGUUUACUGAAUCUGGAUCCGGUUAUCUCUGCCGUGGCUGCUACUUCAAGAAACCUUCCGGAGCGCAAACACGUCCAUCCCACGGGCUCCAUGUUCUUGUAGACUAAUGGAUUAUACUAUUUACAAGAAGAAUGAAUGCAAAAUAGGGCAUGAUUGGUUAAAAAUAGGCCAGGAGCACCAAGAAUCAGCAUUGCGCUUCAGCCUGCGACGCGGAAUCGAUCCUCCGGCAUUUUUUUUUGGUAGAACAUUUGUGUACCAAGAACAAGCAGCGACGCAAACAAACAUUCUAUGUCCUCGUAACCUGUAUUCUGCCAAAGUAAUCGGUUAAGCUCUUGAUUAUAAAUGCCUUCAGAGAGUAACGACCUAGUCUGCCCCGUCUGCGUGCGGAGAAGAGCGCGGUCCGCUCUCCGGCGAGAUGCUCUGCGGGGUCGGUCCGUCUGCGGGAUACGGAGACAGGAACAGCGUAAACUGUACUGCCUACAUUUCUCGGCGACAUUGGGGAACGAGACCGGGAAUAGCGUUCAACAUGAUUAUUACAGUAUUGGUCUCGCAGGCUCCGAUUCCUCCUUAUGGACAUCACGUUUAUAAAGCCAGA